AUGGCUGAACAGGAGGAAAAUGGAUGCAGGGCAAGUGGAAACACUUCAUUGGAACAUCUUAACAAUCCUGGGGAUGUGUUUGUUCCAAAGGUGAGGAAGCCGUAUACUGUUACUAAACAAAGAGAGAGGUGGACUGAUGAAGAGCACAAGAAAUUUCUCGAGGCGUUGAAACUUUACGGCAGGGCAUGGAGAAGAAUUGAAGAGCACGUUGGCACGAAAACCGCAGUGCAAAUUCGAAGCCACGCGCAGAAAUUUUUCUCCAAGGUCACUCGUGAAACCAACACAGGCGAAUGUAAUUCUGUGAAGCCAAUUGAGAUUCCACCACCAAGGCCCAAGAGGAAGCCAAUUCACCCUUACCCUCGUAAGAUGGUCACUCAGGCCGUUACCGGAAUUUCAAUAACCGAGAAAUUUUCGAACGUUUCGGAGAAAGAAAACCAGUCCUUAACUUCCGUUUUGUCUGGGAUUGGUUCGGAUUCAUCCGGAGGGGCAGAUUCUUGUACGCUUGAUGGGAACAGGUCAUCAGUCUCAUGCGAAGUGCCUAAACUCGUAUCGGAAGACGUGCUGUGCCUUUUGCCCGAGCGUGAGGACGAAAAUUCGAGUAUAGAUGAAAGGAUACAUAUGGAAUUGGAUCUAUCAUCCCAAAACGACACUGGUGUUAACAAAGACCCAAACGGGUCGGCCACACAAAGCUUGAAGCUGUUUGGCAAGACAUUAUUAAUCACGGACUCAAGCGGGCUGUCUGAUCAGGUCCCGAGAGAUUGCAAGCCCGAACUAUUGUCGAGUGAUGUUCUGAUGCGUCCUCUUUAUUUUCCUUGGUUGACCGUUUGUAAUAACAAUGCAUUAGUUCAAACCCCGGAAGUGCACAACCCGACUCCAGUCAGAGCCCUAUCGUUGUGUGAUAAUAACAAUAACAAAGAAAAGCCGGAUGACAAUGAGAAAGAGGGUUCGUUCACGGGCUCAAGUAAUACUGAUUUUGUUGGUGAGCUUCUCUCCUUCAAAAGGAAAGGGGAAAGAAAAUCUUUAUCGUCCUACAACCCGAGCAAGAAAAGGAUUUUGGGUUUUGUGCCGUACAAAAGGUGUUCGGACAAAUGGGAUUCGACGCUAUUGCAGGUGGAAAGUGGUGAGGAAAGGGAGGCACAGCAUGUUCGACUCUGCUUGUGA